UCGCUGGGAGGGGCGGCGGCGGGGACCUGUGUCCCCGAGAUGCUGCCGUCGCCCCCUUGGGGGCUGCCUCGCGGGGGGGGGGGGCUCGGGAGCGGGGUGCCCAGUGUCCUCAGUGACUGGGUUAAGAAAGGACGGCCGGUCUGGAGGAGUGGGGCGAAGCUGCGUGGGGGUCCCCCCCAUGCUGUCCCGUCCGUGACCGGAAUCUUCGCCAGGCUCUCGAGCUGCCCCUGGCUCCCCACCCCCGACGGAAAGUUUGGGGCGGGCUUAGAAGGAGGCCGAUGUUGUGGGAUCGGAUUUCCCCGCCGCGGCCCCCCGCCCGCCUGUUCGCUCGGCUGGGGAGGCGGCUGCACUGCAAGCCAGUCUGGGGUCCCAGCCGGCUCGCCCAGUCAGAGACCGGAGCGCUCGCCCUGCAGCGGCGGGGACGUCGUUAGCUGCCGACCACUCGGUGCACAAGCAGGGCAGCUGGCCUGGAGCUCACAGCCGAAUUGUGUGCCAUGGCCCAACAUUGGGCUGUCUGGCUGCUGGCUGUGGGGCUGUGGGGCCUGGGCAUUGGGGCUGAGGUGUGGUGGAACCUGGUGCCUCGGAAGACGGUAUCUUCUGGGGAGUUAGCCACUGUGGUGCGGCGCUUCUCCCAAACGGGCAUCCAGGACUUCCUGACACUCACCCUGACCGAGCAGACAGGGCUUCUGUAUGUGGGAGCCCGGGAGGUCCUAUUUGCUUUCAGUGUGGAGGCAUUGGAGCUACAAGGCAUGAUAAACUGGGAGGCGCCUGUUGAGAAGAAGGCUGAGUGUGUCCAGAAGGGGAAGAGUAACCAGACGGAAUGCUUCAACUUCAUUCGCUUCCUGCAGCCGUAUAACACCUCCCACCUGUAUGUGUGUGGGACCUAUGCCUUCCAGCCCAAAUGUACCUAUAUCGACAUAGUCACCUUCACCCUGGAACACAGAAAAGUCGAGGAUGGAAAGGGGAAGUGUCCCUAUGAUCCAACUAAGGGCCACACUGGCCUCCUUGUGGAUGGCGAACUGUACUCAGCCACCCUCAACAACUUCCUGGGCACAGAGCCUGUUAUCCUGCGUAACAUGGGGCCCCACCACCCCAUGAAGACAGAGUACCUGGCCUUCUGGCUCAAUGAACCUCACUUUGUAGCCUCUGCCUACAUCCCGGAGAGUGUGGGGAGCUUCACAGGGGACGAUGACAAGAUCUACUUCUUCUUCAGUGAGCGGGCAGUGGAGUAUGACUGCUAUGCAGAGCAGGUGGUGGCUCGAGUAGCCCGAGUCUGCAAGGGGGACAUGGGAGGUGCCCGGACCCUGCAGAGGAAGUGGACCACGUUCUUGAAGGCACGGCUGGUGUGCUCUGUACCUGAUUGGCAGCUCUACUUCAACCAGCUGCAGGCACUCUUCACCCUGCAGAACGCCUCCUGGCACAACACCACCUUCUUUGGAGUUUUUCGGGCUCGAUGGGGUGAUGUGGACCUGUCAGCUGUCUGCGAGUACCAGUUGGAAGAGAUCCAGAAGGUGUUUGAGGGUCCCUACAAAGAGUAUAGAGAGCAAGUCCAGAAGUGGGGCCGCUACACUGAUCCAGUCCCCAGCCCUCGGCCUGGCUCUUGCAUCAAUGACUGGCACCGACACCACGGCUACACCAGUUCUCUGGAGCUGCCUGACAACACCCUUAACUUCAUCAAGAAACACCCACUGAUGGAAGAUCAAGUGGGGCCUCGGUGGGGCCGACCCCUGCUUGUGAAGAAGGACACCAACUUCACCCGCCUGGUGGCUAACAGGGUUACAGGACUGGAUGGCGCCACCUACACAGUGCUGUUCAUCGGCACAGGAGAUGGCUGGCUGCUCAAGGCUGUGAGUCUGGGGCCUUGGGUCCACCUGAUUGAAGAGCUGCAGGUGUUUGACCAAGAACCUGUGGAAAGCCUGGUCCUAUCCCAGAGCAAGAAGCUGCUCUUUGCUGGGUCCCGUUCUCAGCUGGUCCAGCUGCCCCUGUCUGACUGCAUCAAGUACCGCUCCUGUGCAGAUUGCCUCCUUGCCCGGGACCCGUACUGUGCCUGGAAUGUCAAUACCAGCCGCUGUGUGGCUGUGCAUGGCCAUUCUGGAUCCCAACUGAUCCAGCAUGUGUCAGUCUCAGAUACCUCAGGCAUUUGUAGCUUCCAUGGCAGUAAGAAAGUCAGGCUCACGCCCAAAAACAUCACAGUGGUGGCAGGCACAGACCUGGUGCUGCCUUGCCACCUCUCAUCCAACCUGGCUCAUGCCCACUGGACCUUUGGGGGCCGGGACCUGCCCGUGGAGCAGCCUGGCUCCUUCCUCUAUGACGCCCGGCUGCAGGCCCUGGUUGUGAUGUCUGCCCAGCCCCGCCAUGCUGGAGUCUACCACUGCUUUUCAGAGGAACAGGGGGCACGACUGGCUGCUGAAGGCUACUUGGUGGCUGUAGUGGCCGGCCCAUCAGUGACCCUGGAGGCCCGGGCUCCCCUGGAAAACCUAGGAUUGGUGUGGCUGGCUGUGGUGGCCUUGGGGGCUGUGUGCCUGGUGCUGCUGCUGCUGGUUUUGUCACUGCGCCGGCGACUGCGGGAGGAGCUUGAGAAAGGUGCGAAGGCGGCAGAAAGAACCCUGGUAUACCCUCUGGAGCUGCCCAAGGAGCCCACCAGCCCCCCCUUCAGACCUGGCCCAGAGACCGAUGAGAAACUCUGGGACCCUGUUGGCUACUACUACUCUGAUGGCUCCCUCAAGAUUGUGCCUGGACACGCCCGGUGCCAGCCUGGAGGAGGGCCCCCUUCUCCACCUCCUGGCAUUCCCGGCCAGCCACUGCCUUCUCCGACUCGACUUCACCUGGGGGGUGGACGGAACUCAAAUGCUAACGGUUAUGUGCGUUUACAACUAGGAGGGGAUGACAGAGGAGGACAUGGGCACCCUUUGCCCGAGGUUGCUGAUGAACUGAGACGCAAAUUACAGCAGCGGCAGCCACUGCCAGACUCCAACCCCGAGGAGUCUUCAGUAUGAGCGUGAGAGGUGCAGCCCCUUCGUUUUUGCACACGCACCAGCUACCUCAGGGACGUGGCAUGGGCACCGGUUCUGCCCAGCCAUGAGGACCUGCUCUGCUCAGCACGGGCACUGCCACUUGGUGUGGCUCACCAGGGCUCCAGCCUCACAGAAGGCGACUUUCUCCUCUUUGAGGGGCUGUGAAAUGCUUGGGAACCCAGCAGCCAAAAUUUCAAGGCAGAAGGAGGUGUGUGUGUGUGUGUGUGUGUGUGUGUGUGUGUGUGUGUGUGUGUGUGUGUGUGUGUUAAUCUUCCUGUUUGUGUGUGUGAGAGAGACAGUCUUCCUGUAUCUGUCAAGUCUUCCCUUGGCUUGGGGUCCUCCUGGUGAGUCACUGGAGCUAUGAAGGGGAAGGGGCCAAUCACUUCACCUCUCCUACCCCCAUCUGUCCCUGGUGGGCAGUGUUGUACAUAUGGGGGUGGGCUGGGGAGGGAGUGUGUCCCUUUGGGGGGAGUGCAGAGCUCUGGGAUGCAUCUAGUCCUGCUCCUAGGGCUUGAAUGUUUUGGGGAUGGGGGGAGGGGGAGGGGGACAGAGCCUCCUGUGUGUUUUGGGGGAGAAGGGUGGCAGGGGCCUCCCAUUUGGUCCUGGGGUUCAGUGGUAUUUUAUACUUGUCCUCCUUUACAGGGCUGGGAAAGGUGUGUCGGGGAGAGGGGAGGGGGUGGACAUGCUGCGGUUGAAGCAUAUCCUUUCCCAGCCCCAGGAGGAGGGCUCCCAACAGUGUAACUUAUUGUGUCCUUGCGUAUUUAUUUGUUGUAAAUAUUUGAUUAUUUUUAUAUUGAUAAAUAAAAUGGAGAAGAUGAA